AUGGUAUUGCAUAUGAUUGGAUUAGGACUCUCAGACGAGAGAGAUAUCUCAGUUAAAGGGCUUGAAGCAGUAAAGUCAUCAUAGUUUAUUUAUUUGGAAUGCUACACUGCCAUUCUGAUGAUUAGCAGAGAAAGGUUAGAAGAAUUCUUCGGAAAACCAAUUAUAGAAGCAGAUAGAGAAUUCGUAGAGAGUGGAUGUGAGGAGAUGAUUCAAAAUUCAAAGGAUAAUAUAGUUUCAUUCUUGGUAGUUGGAGAUCCUUUCUGUGCCACCACUCAUAGUGAUCUGUAUUUAAGAUGUGUAGAGUAAGGAGUCAAGGUUGAGGUUAUUCAUAAUGCCUCAAUUAUAAGUGCAGUUGGGUGCUGCGGACUCUAAGUAUAUAGAUUUGGAGAAAUCGUAUCACUGCCAUUUUUCUCAGAGAAAUGGAGACCAUAUAGCUUCUACGAGAAGAUUAAAAAGAAUAGAGAAAACGGAUUGCAUACUUUAGUUUUGCUUGAUAUAAAAGUGAAAGAGCCAACAGAGGAGAGUUUAGCAAGAGGAAAGAAAGUAUAUAUGUAGCCAAGAUACAUGAGAACUCAUCAGGCCGCUGCUUAAAUGCUAGAAGCUGAGGCAAAUCUGAAGUAAAAUGUUUAUUCAGAAGAUACCCCUUGUAUGGGGUUGGUUAGAGUAGGCACAGCUACUUAAAAAAUUGUGAGUGGAAAGUUAUCUGAAUUUUUGAAACUUGACUUAGGAGAACCACUUCACUCAUUUGUGAUUUGUGGAGAGAUGCAUCAUAUCGAGGAAGAGAUGUACAAUUAUUUCUUAUACAAAGAAGGCUAAGAAGGUGUAAAACUUAUUUAAGAGGAGUCCAAAGAGGAGUCAAAGAGCGAAGAUGAUGAAGAUGAUUAAUGA